UUUCUCUGUCACUCAGUUCAGUUCACUCACAGCUGUUUAGUUUGUCAAACUUUCCUUCUACUUUUAAAAUGUCUAAAGUGACAUUUAGUUCAGAGCCGACAGACAGGCCAGAACUUUUUGAUAUUCGGGCAAUGCCAGAGCAGCCUAAAAAUUUGAAGCCUGGUCAGCUGGAGGCCAGUAAAAUUAGAGAGUUCUUUGAAAAGGGUUUUCUUUUAGUACCAAAAUUUUUUGAGGAAGAGGAAUUGGAACCUGUUCGUAGAUCAAUAGAAAAACUUGUGGAUGACCUGGCACAGUUGCUAUAUGAUGGUGGAAAAAUUAAAAAUCUGUAUAAAGAACAUGGAUUAUUUCAAAGACUUAUUCAUAUUGAAAAGGAAUUUCCUGGAGCCAAUAUAAUUCUACAUAAAACGAGGCAGAUAACUGAGGCUUUUCAGACACUUUGGUCCAAUGAGCGACUACUUAAUGUGGUAGAACAACUUAUUGGGCCUGAGAUAGCUGGACACCCAGUAUUGAAUCUCAGAACUAAGACUCCUCAUAAUGAAGCCACAACAGUUCCAUGGCAUCAAGACAGUGCUUACCUGGACAAUGACUCCUACAAUGUGCUACAAGCAACUGCCUGGAUUCCAUUAUUAGAUACCAAUGAAAAAAAUGGAUGCAUGGAAGUAAUCUCAGGAGGUCAUUUACCUGGUAAAGUGGUCAGACACACCUGCUGCUGGGGUGACACUUGGUAUAUUGUGAUGGAUGAACAAGACGCAGCCGAGAAGCUCAAUGUAGACUUUGAGAAAGACAAAGUCUUAUGCCCAGUGCCCUAUGGUGGGAUGCUGCUAAUCAACAACAUGAUACCACACAGAAGCUUGAAUAAUAUUUCGGAUGAAAUUCGUUGGAGCCUGGACUUGCGCUGGCAGAAUCCAGAAAAAUCUGUUGGAUUUUAUGGAUUAAAAGAAGGAGUUUUGAUGAGGUCUGCCAAGAAUCCAGUGACUAAAAUAGACUGGGAAGGUUUCAACAAAGUAGACAGAUACCGUAAGGCUGAAUUGGAUAGUAAGGACAAAGUAGAAGAUGAUCCUUUUGAUACUAUCAUCGUUGGACCCUGGAUGAAGAAAUGGGAAAUGACCCACACGAAUCGCCAUACCGACAGAUUAAACAGCAGGAAUGAUAGCACUUGGCACAAGGCCUAACAAGUUCAAUUGUGUUGGUGCAGCUAAGCGUUAUCUAUCAUUAUAAUAGAUCUAAGCUACUGGUCAUAUGCAGGUAUUCAUAUUUUAUAUACCAAAACCUGAAUCAUAACCACGUGUGAAGAUUUUUAAUUUUGAUUUAUUUUUGUUAGAGCCAUCUCCAUUAUAUUAUUUUCAGAUUGCUUACUUUAUUUUUUUUUUACUAUAUUACCAAUAUCAAUUUAGUGUAUAACAGGCCAAAAGAUUUUUUUAUAAAUUGUUUCUAGCUUGUUUGCUAGGUGUCAAAAAGAGCAGUAGAUCAACCAAUUGAGAAAUCUUUGAACUUAAUCUAAUUGGAACAUGACUUCGUUUAUCCAAAUCUUUUAUCGCAUUAGAUAGUGGCUCUAUGUUCCGAGGGCUACACAACAUUUUUAAUAUGCUAGGUGUAUAUUUUUCUUGCCCACUGUAAUCUUGUUUCUACAUAAAACAUGAAUUGUAUAAUUUUCUAAGAAUGAAUAGUCAAAUAGACUUAAUGAAGUGUGGAAAUAGUACAAUUAUACCAUGUUUUCCUGGGUUUAUAUUUACAUGUAUUUUAAAUUCACUCUGGUAUUCAUUAACAUAUAUGAUAAUGUGAAAAAUAAAUAAUGGCCUAAAACUUCAAAAGAAUGAGACAUUGACUGCUCAGUGUUCUGAACUACAAGGUUAAAACUGGAAAGAUCAAGUUGUAAUUUAUUGUGUCCUUAUUACAACUGUAAUAUAUGUAGUUAUUACAACUAUACUCUGAGUCACCUUGUUUUGGGGAAUGUUUUAUUUGUAACUUUACUUGUAACAUUACCACAUGGUGAAAAGGUUUUACACAUUUAUAGUUUUUUUCUUUUCUUUGUGAUUGAUGAUAUCAAAGUAUGUUUUAAAUGUAAAUACUUAAUAUUAAAUUUUAAAGUCUUUCUAAUUGCCUUGUAUCCAGAGCUGUGUUAAUGCUAGACUUUUACUUCUACUUUUUCCCGGUAAUAACAUUUUAAAUUUUUUUUUUAACUAAUUGCUUGUGCAGUGAGUACUGCUACUUUCUGAUAACGAAAUGAUCUAUUGAAUUGUAGCAUUGAUUUCUUUAGAGUCAAACUACUUUAACAAUAAAAUGAGAACAUUCUAUUGAAUUGUAGCAUUGAUUUCUUUAGAGUCAAACUACUUUAAAAAUAAAAUGAGAACAUUCUAUUGAA